AAAACAUUUUUCUUUAUUUUGGGAAUUUAUAAUAUAGUGAAGCUUUCAAGCAAAUAAUGCGAAACUUCCUUCAAAUUACAUCGUUUGUACGACCAUUCUCGUCCGUAUCAAAUCAUCAAUCACUCAACAUUUUUUUCUUCCGUAGACAGAAAAGUAUCUAACAACAACAUUGCAAGCCUGUCCUAUAUAAGGGUAGAGAGUAACGAGCACAUAGCAUUGUAUCCUUAAUUCAUUACAUUGUUUUCAUUCAUUAUUACACAUUCUUUGUGAAUAUGUCUGUUCUAUCUAGCACCGAUUUGCAUCGUAUUUUCGAGAAGCUAGAUACAAAUAACGACGGUUUUGUGAGCGUUGAAGAGAUGAACUUUGUGCUGCAGAAAAUUUGUAAUAGUAAUAAUUCUCAAAUUAGCUUAGAGGAGCUUGAAUCUCUUAUAGAAAAGAAGAGCUUAGACUUCAAUGAAUUCUUGUUCUUUUACAACUCUAUUUCGAAACCGAACAAUGAUGAUGACGAUGAGGACGAUAACUUGUUGGAGAGGGAUCUUGUGAAGACUUUUAAAGUGUUUGAUUUGGAUGGUGAUGGAUUCAUCACAAGCCAAGAACUUGAGUGUGUGUUGAAGAAACUUGGAUUCUUGGAUGAAAAAAGUGGAAAAGAUUGUAGAAGCAUGAUUCAAUUUUAUGACACCAAUUUGGAUGGUAGGCUUGAUUUUCAGGAAUUCAAGAACAUGAUGUUGCUUACAACUGCAUGAUGUUUUUAAUUUAUUUUUUUGGGUGUGAAUUUAUUACUAGUAUAUUAAUUAAUUUUAUUGACUUUGUGUAAGUAUAUUUAAAUAGAUGUUGUACGUUUUUGACAAUCAAUCAAUAUUCAAUGCAUAUGAAAGUCUAAGAUUGCUUGUGCUAAAUUAAUCAAUAUUCAAUUUUUGUGAACGGAAUUUAUAUUAAAUAUCAACAAACAAUUUUCAGCUA